GAUACCAAUCCUUAAAAUUGUACGGUUUGUCGCAAGCUUGUUGAAGUAUAUUGUACAGAAACAUAAAAAAAUGGCAAAUAUAUUAUUUAGCGACGAUAGUGAUGAUAGCGAUAUGGAGCUACUUGCUCUGUUAUCGGACUCGGAUACCGAAACCGAUAGCGAAGCUGAUGAGGAGAGACAACGCGCUAGUGCUCGCAGGAUAAAAAGGGUCAACUAUAUGCAGAGUCUGGAUGAUGCUGAGUUCACCUUCAGGUUCAGAUUAUCUAAAACUGUAGUGAAUACUCUGUUAACACAAUUGAUGCCUUUAGUCCGUGUAACUUCCACCAGGAAUCACGGGGUUUCACCAGUACAUCAACUGUUAUUAACAUUGAGGUUUUACGCAUUGGGCACAAUGUUAAUUUCUGUAGCUGACUUUGUUGGAGUCUCUACAUCAACAGCAGGCCGAAUUGUACGCGAUAUAUCAUCAGCAAUCGCCAGCUUGUAUGAUGAAUACAUUGCUGUUCACCAACAAAGUGCAGAAAAAUUUUACAGAAUUGCUCGGUUUCCUCGUGUUCUUGCUGCAAUUGAUUGCACUCAUAUACGUAUUCAGUCACCAUGUCAAAUAAUAGGAGAAGAAUUUAGAAAUCGCAAGGGUUACUUUUCCUUAAAUGUGCAAGCAAUCUGUGAUGCUGAUCUAAGAUUCAUGAAUGUAGUUGCUCGAUGGCCAGGUUCAACACAUGACGCCACAAUUUUCAACAACUCUGUUCUUAGAGCUCAAUGUGAUGCAGGUCUGUUUGGUAACCGCUGGAUGCUUGGUGACAGUGCUUAUCCAAAUAGAUCUUAUUUAUUAACACCUGUUUUAAAUCCUGUUAAUGAAGCAGAACAGCGAUACAAUGAAGCACACAUAAGAACUAGAAAUACCAUAGAGAGAACAUUCGGUGUUUGGAAGCGACGAUUUCCUGUAGUGGCGCUUACAUUGCGCUUAUCCUUACCAAAAGCGCAAGCAGUAAUUAUUGCCACUGCUGUGUUACACAACAUUUGCAGGAACAAUAAUUUGCAAGAACUUUCUUCUGAAGUAGAUUUACCACCAGAAGAUACUAAUUUUAUAGAUCUAAAUAGUGAAGUCACAGAUGUCCAACAAAGAGCAGUCCUUAUUAGUAAUUAUUUUUAGUAGAUUUUUAGUAAGCUUAUU